AUGCACAGCCCCCACGGACGCCGUUCCCUCGCCUGCCCGCUCAACGUUACUGGAAUGCUGCCCACUACUGCAACACACAUCGGGCUGCCGUUCAGUGCUGCCACCGGGACAGAAAAAUGCAGCCCUGAAGCGAAUGUUUUUUUCUUCAAUAAAUUAACAUAUUCCUGGUUUAGCAGACUUAUAUCUAUAGGCUAUAAGAGGCCAUUGGAAAGGGAUGACCUGUUCGAACUGAAUGAAACUGAUUCACCAUACAGUGUGUGUCCUAACUUUGAAAAGCAAUGGAGAAAAGAAAUCCAGAAGUCUACCAUAGGAUUAAAGGCCUCUUACAUCAGAAGAAUGCUAUUUAAGAAAAUGAGUUUCCAUAAACCAUCUUUGAUUUUGCCAUUAUGGCAAGCAUUUAAAUUUUUAUUGAUUAAAGUUGCAUUUCUGAAACUUACAGCUGACAUUCUGGCUUUCAUGAGUCCACAAAUAAUGAAAGCGAUGAUAAUGGUCAGUGAAAAUCAUCCUAGUUCAUACAGGAGUGGAUAUGUCUAUGCUAUUGCCCUGUUUUUUGUAGUUCUCUCACAAACCCUUCUCCAUCAGUUAUACCAGCGUAACAACAUGCUUACUGCAGUCAAAAUCAAGACUGCUGUUGUCGGCCUGAUAUACAAAAAGGCCUUAACUUUAUCUAAUUCCUCACGGCAAAACUAUACAACUGGGGAAAUUGUUAACCUGAUGUCAGCAGAUGCUCAGCAACUCAUGGAGCUAACUGUAAACAUCAAUCUGUUGUGGUCAGCACCUUUUCAGAUCAUCAUGGCUGUCAUUUUUCUCUGGAAAGAACUUGGCCCAUCAGUCCUAGCAGGUGUUGCACUGCUUCUUUUGGUUAUACCUAUAAAUGCGCUUAUUGCAGCCAAAGUAAAAAGACUGAAGAAAAGCCAAAUGAGAUAUUCGGAUCAACAAGUUAAGCUGCUGAGUGAGAUGUUACAUGGAAUAAAGCUCCUAAAACUUUAUGGAUGGGAAUCUGCAUAUCAAAGGAAAGUCAUGAGCAUUAGAGAACGUGAAGUGGAUGUGUUGAAGUCAUCUGGGUAUCUGACGACUUACUCCAUGCUAACAUUGACGUGUAUUCCUUUUAUGGUCUCAUUGGCUACAUUUGGAGUCUUCGUUCAUCUGGACAAAGAGAAUGUUUUAACAGCAUCUAAAAUUUUUACAUCUAUUUCUUUAUUUAACAUUUUGCGACUGCCCUUAUUUGAUUUAUCACCUGUGAUCUCUGCUGUAGCCCAGACCAAGGUUUCUCUGAGUCGUUUAGAGGAUUUUCUGUGUUCCGAGGAUCUUAACCCUGAGGAUGUCAAUACAAACUACAGUGGAAAUCACGCUGUUGGGUUUAUUGGCGCUUCUUUACGCUGGGAAAAAAAUGGCCUGCCAGUUUUAAAAAACUUGAGUGUCAGCAUUCCUGAAGGCUCUUUAGUUGCUGUUGUGGGACAGGUUGGAUCUGGAAAGUCAUCUUUUCUUUCUGCUGUUCUUGGAGAAAUGGAGAAACUUGAAGGAACAGUUCAGCGAAGAGGUUCAGUGGCAUAUGUUUCUCAGCAGGCUUGGAUUCAAAAUGACAGUUUACAGGAAAAUAUUCUCUUCGGUGCAAAUCUAAAUAGGCCAUACUAUGAACUUGUUUUAGAGUGUUGUGCUUUACUGCCAGAUUUGGAACAGUUACCGAAUGGAGACCAAACAGAGAUUGGAGAAAGGGGUGUCAAUAUCAGUGGAGGGCAGAAGCAGAGAGUGAGUCUUGCUAGAGCUGUGUACAGCAAUGCUGACUUGUAUCUUCUGGAUGACCCCCUGUCUGCUGUAGAUGUUCAUGUUGGGAAACAUCUUUUUGAGAAGCUAAUUGGCCCUUAUGGUCUCCUAAAAACCAAGACUCGUAUAUUAGUGACCCAUAACCUAACGCUCCUGCCUCACACUGAUUUUAUAAUAGUAAUGAAAGAGGGCAGAAUAAGUCAAAUGGGGACCUACCAAGAACUCAUUUCAAAGAGAGCUAAUUUUGCUGAGCUUAUUCAAGUCUUCAGUGCAGAGCAUACAAGUAAAGAGACAACCCAAAUGAAAGUGAGCUCUUCAAAAGAAGAGGGCCAACUGGGUAGGAGUCUGCAACAAAGAGAACUGCUGAAACAUAAAGAUUCUUCCUUUGAUCAAUGGAAAAUAAUCACUAACACUAAGGAAAAAGUUGCUACUGGUGGUAUGAAAAUGACAGUUGUUUUGAAAUAUCUCCAAGCCUUCAAGUGGCAAUGGAUGUGGCUAACCAUAGCUGCUUGUUUAGGACAAAAUGCACUAACCAUUGGGCAAAAUCUAUGGCUUAGCACCUGGACUGCAGAAACAGCAGAAGUUAGUGACUUCACAGAAUGGAAACAGUCACAAAACUAUAAACUUUGUAUCUAUGGGCUUCUGGGAUUCUUACAAGGUCUUCUUGUUUGCUGCGGUGCUUAUGUGCUCACCAGGGGUUCCCUGUCGGCUUCUCGAGUGUUACAUCAUCAGCUGUUAGACAAUGUAUUGCACCUUCCUCUUCAGCAUUUUGAAACUAAUCCAGUUGGCCAGAUCAUCAACAGAUUCACAAAGGACUUAUUUGUGGUGGACAUACGUUUCCAUUACUAUUUACGAACUUGGCUAAAUUGUACAGUAGAUGUUAUUGGAACCAUUCUAGUUAUCAUAUCUGCCUCACCACUAUUUGUAGUGGUAGUUAUUCCCCUGGGAUACUUUUAUUUUACUAUCCAACGACACUACAUUGCGAGUUCACGGCAAAUUCGACGGCUAGCAGGAGCAUCGCAUUCUCCUGUGAUUUCCCACUUCAGUGAGACUCUUGUAGGGCGAUCAACAAUUCGAGCGUUUGGCCACCAAGAGAGAUUCAUUAGAAAAAAUAACUAUGUUGUGUAUGAAAACUUAGUUUACUUCUACAACAAUGUCAUCUCAAACAGAUGGCUGUCUGUCAGGCUUGAAUUUCUGGGAAAUUUAAUGGUGUUCUUUGCUGCAUUGUUUGUAGUAUUGGCUGGAAAUACAGUGAGUUCUUCUACAGUGGGUUUAUCAAUAUCCUAUGCUCUAAAUAUAAUUCAGAGUCUAAAUUUCUGGGUGCGUAAAGCGUGUGAAAUCGAGACCAACACAGUUUCAAUUGAAAGAGUUUGUGAAUAUGCAAAAAUGGAUAAAGAGGAACCGUGGAUAAUGCCAAAAAGACCACCAGUGGGGUGGCCCGAUAAAGGAAUAAUAGAGUUCAUUAAUUACAAGGCUCAGUACGGGAAGGAUCUUGGUUUAGCCCUGAAUGAUGUCUCUUUUCAGACGCAGAGCAAAGAGAAGAUUGGAAUUGUUGGAAGAACGGGAGCUGGUAAAUCAACACUCACAAAUUGCUUGUUUAGAGUUCUAGAGGGAUCUGAAGGCAAAAUAAUUAUCGAUGGAAUUGAUAUAUCAUCUAUUGGACUCCAUGACCUACGUGGAAAUCUUAACAUUAUUCCACAGGAGCCCAUUUUGUUUUCUGGGACACUGCAGUCAAAUUUGGAUCCACUUGGAAAACACUCUGAUCUUGAACUGUGGGAGGUACUGGAACUAUGUGACCUAAAGGAUUUUGUCCAGUCACUCCCAAAGAAGCUCCUUCAUGAGAUUUCAGAAGGUGGUGAAAAUCUCAGUGUUGGGCAGAGACAGCUGGUCUGUCUGGCCCGUGCUUUGCUACGAAAGACAAAAAUCCUGGUCCUAGAUGAGGCAACAGCUUCUGUUGACAUGGAAACGGAUAACCUGGUGCAGUCCACCAUUAAGAGAGAGUUUCACAACUGCACAGUAUUAACUAUAGCCCACAGGUUACAUACAGUCAUGGAUUCCGAGAGAGUGCUUGUUCUGGACACAGGAAGGAUUCUAGAAUAUGAUACACCACAUAAUUUGUUACAGCGAAGAGGUGCCUUUUCUGAAAUGAUUGCAGAGGCUGGCAUAAGGAGAUAAAGAAAAUUAAGGACGGAAUUCUUAAUGAAGAUAAGAAUUCCUUACUCCAGUAAACACUUAAGGGGUGUCUGGCAUUCCACAUAUAUAUGGAAUAUUUUAUUUGUAUUCCAUAUAAAAUAACUAGCUUACUCAAAACCUCCUUGCAGCAUUGCUGUUUACUACAAUCUAUAUAUAUUGAUCAAGAUUCUUAAAAUAACUUUCUGUUUUUAUACAAAUCACUUAUUUUGAUCAUAUUGACACUAGAACAACAUAAUGAAGCGGUAAUUUUCAUGGCAUAUUUUAACUGUUCCACUAGUAAAGACUGAUUGAAAAAUAAAUCUUGCUGCUCAUACACUGGUUUUAAUUUUAAAAAAAGUAUUUAGUUGCUCUGACAUUAUGCCCAUUUAGUUAAUACAUUCUUAUUGUGAUUGCAAAUCCAUAAAAUACCAAAACUGCUUAUUGUGUGGACAUACAGGCAGAUGUCACUUGGUGCUGAUUUUUAGGACGUGCAUAUUGGCAUCUAUACUUAGGUAAUUUUUGAGGCUAUAAACUUGCCACAUAGUUAAUUUUUCUUUUUGACCUUGUGAUUUCUGAAUAACUGAAAAAUUAUUUCAAAUAAGUGAAAAUCAUGUCUUUUGUAUCUAAUUGAGCAUUACAGAAUCACAUUGUAAAAGAAUCCCAGAAAAAUAGAGUCAGGUGCAUCUAUCUCUUUGCUAGUAUAUCUUAAUGCAAACCUCAAUACUAAUUACAGCAGCAGGACAAGUUAUGUGCAUUUAUUGAAUGUUUCAGUUAAACAUGCCUAUGCUUCUGUAGGUCACAUAAAUUUUCAUUUUUAUUACAGUUCUUAAAACUCUUCAAAUUUAAUACCAACUCAUUCACUGCAAUCUUCAGAAACUAAGAGAAGAUCCCCAUUGAUUGCUUUUAAAAAAAUUAAAAACCCCAAAGUACAUACAGUUUCAGGCUACAGACGUGUUAUAUUGCUCUAAUAUUGACACCUGGUUAAUAUCAAGUAAGAUCUUAAUUUCUUUCCUGAUAGCAAGCAAACCAUAUUUGCUGUUUUAGAAAGGUGGUGAGAAGGGUGGAGGCUCUCUGAAGAGAGUUCCUCAAAGAUGUGAUUCUACUACAGUGAAUGAUUCCUCCAUCAUUUUCUGAAGGUAAAAAUGAAAGCCUGUUUUCUACAUUAAGAUCAGAGUGCUAUCUUGUUUAACUAAAUAUACUUAUCACUUGCACAAAACUAUUAGAAGCUUAUAAUUAUUUUAGUCUAAGAACAGCCCUGCCCAAGUAACUAUUGCCUUCUGAAAGUCCUGGAGAGACUGGUGUGACAGAAUGUUUCUCAGGAGAGAGAACAGCUUUCUGCUUUUCAUCGGUUUUCCUCCUCUUUCCCCCAAGGGAGGCCAACAGUACCUUUCCCACAGAGCAGAACCUUCUCAUGCCAACAUUUACCUGCCUCGUAUCAAAGUGCCACAGGCAGGCUAAUCUGGGGCUCCCCUUCCCCCAACCUUGUCCCUGUCCCUUCCCUACCUGCAUACUCCCCUCCAAGCCCACCCUUACCUGGAAGUCUUGCAGAGGAGCUGGAAAAGACUGAAGUGAGUGCCAUUCCUAAACUGAUUAAUAAGUUUAAUGCACAGGGCUAGGGGAGGUAGUCUUCAGUACCUCAGAGACCAACCCUUUUUGCAAGGUCCAGAGAAAACAAUCAUAGGAGGAGCUGCACCACUGCAUG